CGCCUAACUCGUUACCAACGGCAAGUUUCCUCGGAGGCUUAGCAACGCUCCCAACACGGAAUGGAUUUCUUUCUUGCAAAAGUAUCGCAACAAGCGGUUUCAUUCGCGAUACGGUCGGGCAUCAUUGUCACGAGUCAGUUUGCUAUAAAAGAAUGCAGUCGUUAUAUAUCUUCAAUCAAGGGGAAGGAUAGACAAGAGCUUCAAGACCUACAGGAUAGACUGGAACAGAAAAUCAGAAUAAUAUCUCCAGCAAUAGACUUGGUGGAGAUUAUUUCUGCUAGAGGAAAUACCUCACUUGAGAGUGCUCUGACAUUGACGAAGAACAUAAGACAUGACAUUCAAUCACUAGGGGUCAGAGUUGCCGGCUUGUCCGCUCAGGGAGGUGGCCGUAAAAGACGCAGGAGCCAGGAUGAAAUCAACGCUGUGGUUCAAGAUAUCAAGCAACUUCUAAGGAAGAUCGAAGACGCGGUUCCUUUCAUAAAUUUGGCAAUUACUACAUCCGGAGUGAAUAUCUCAUCGAACAUCCCACACAAUGUCUCGCCUUCCCGUCUUAUGCAAGCUUCAACCUUGCUUACUGCUGGUGAUACCGCCUAUUCAAUGAACCCCUUCAACCCGGCGCAAAUUGGCACUACUUUCACAUUGAGUCUCUACAUGCUGUUUGCCGGUCACUCACAUCGACAAGAACAUGUCUCCGCAAAGGAUUUGACGUGGCAGGAGGUUGUUUACAAAUGCAAAGUCAAGCUUCAGAGGGUGCCCUUAGUCUACGAUGACGAUCAAGAUGAAGAUGGGGCGAGUCGUAACACUAAUCGGCUCCGUGCUCAGAGCAAAAUUGAUGAAUAUUGCUAUGAACUUUGUCUGAUCGAAGAUCUGGAUGACGGGAGAAUGCAUGAGGUUGAAGAAGGAAAACAACCUCCCGGAAGCUUUGACGAUGUGGAAAAGGCCGGAUUAAGAACCAGGAUACCAAUCCACCAGAUAUCCAAGAUCUUUUACACUAACUCUGGACAACUUCUUGGGAUAGAAGAUUCGAGCUCCCCGAUACUUCUGGUUAAGCGAGAUUUAAAUGCUGCGCCACCCCGAAAACUAGUUGAUCGAGUUGAACAAUAUGAUUAUGGUGAUAGUGGCAGCGAGGGAGAGUACCCCUUGGACAUGCACGAGGGGGAUAGUAGGGAACUUGAACCCCGACAAGAACUUCCGGAGGAAUACGAACUUCCCCCCCAUCUUGACCCAGAGUGGUUGGCUUUUGAAGUUUUCACAGAACCCGAGCCAGACUUCGAUGAUGCAGCGUCUGAAUAUAGCGACGCCGAAGAGUCACUCUCUGUGUCGGGGUCAUCUCCCCCAGGAUCACUUACCGAUCCAAAUACCUCCAUAGCGCAAGCUCUAUCAAAUGUUGAGUUAAGCAUCAGCGAACAUCCCCCGUCACCCACACCGUAUGUUUCUCCGAACGUCAAAUCCACACUUUCAAUCUUGGAAUGCCUUCUCAGACUUACCAUCUUGCAAAACUACCAACAAACCUCGCACCUUGCUGUCCACGACGAGCUCCUGAACCUUUUCCUAUCGGACUCGGCAUGGGACGGCACUCGUGAGAGCAGACGGCAGGAGCGAGAGAAUGCCCGCCGAAGGAUUGGGUUCGACCCCUUCGGGUCGCCCACGAAGCCGGCCAAGGAGGCGGAGGUUGGUACUAUCCAACUCACGGGGGGCAGUAGAGCCAGUAGUCACCGAGGAAGCAGGUGGGGCACCCCGCAAUCUUUUGGCAGGGGAUACCGCCUUGAUUCAAGUCUACCUAUGACACCUAGCUCAGAUUCGGGGAAGCCAAUGCGCAAGCUUGAGGAUCGUGAGCAGCCGGUAUUGGCAAACAAUCGAGAGCUCUGGACACCGGAGCAGCAGUUGAGCUCUAUGUUCAAUAGCCCUUACGGAACGAGUCCAUUGUCCAAGAAGAAUUCCCCGGACGGUAAAAAGGUUAAUACGGAAGAGAGUUAA